GUUACUACCCUAACUCCGAUAAGCUCUUAGAUCGAUGAGAUCCCUCCUCCCCUCCGUGGCUCUCCGCCCCCGCGCGUCCCGUUAAAUUCCUCCUGCCUGGCAUCAGGUUCUCCGCCGGGGAAAGGGCGGGGAGAGUAACACAAGUCAGCAACAGAGAGGAAGUUCCCACUAAACCGGAGAAGUCGUUUUACCGAAACUUUAGACAGGAGAAGCGCUGUGGCUCUAUUAACACAGAGUUUCAGUAAAGGUGAAGGAAGGAGAGAAGGGCUGUUCAGAAGUUUGUCGGGAUGAGGGAGGUAUCCACGGGUUAAUAUUAGGGGGGCGGCCUCUUGCUAUUUAGCUCCAAGUGCGUUAGUGACUUCCCGGUGAAGUAGAGGUCCAAUGGCAGAUAGACGGACGAGAGGCAUGACCGGCUCUGACCUGAGCAGGACCAACACCUCCAACACUGCGGCCCGGGCUUUAGCCAUAGCCGAGCAGCUGCACCAUGAGUGCUCCAUCUUACUGGAACUUUAUAGGAAGAAGGAGAGUUUUGCUGCAGAUGUUCCUGUGUCUGACAGUCGUCUGGUGUCCGUUCCUCCUCCUUCCUCCCAGCUGGACACUAGGGACCAGCUCUGGCGCCUCCACUCGGCUCUGCUGCAGUGCCGCAGCUUGAUGGAGAGAGCCAUCGCCAAAGAGGAAGAAGAGCUGGAUGAUGGGAGGAAGUCUGAGUAUGAGACCCAAAGAAAGAUGGUGAAAGACAGACUGUCCUUUCUCUUAAUCACCAUUGGAGAACUCCUCAAAGCUGCGGAUGGCACGGUGGGCGUGACUCCCAGUGGGGAGGGGUUAGAGUUAGACGGUCCGACUGUUCUUUUUGAGCUGAAGCUUUGGGUCUACCGAAUCUUCAAAGAAGUGGACUAUUGGACCAAGACGGCUAUCACCACCUUGCAAGCCCUGCCCUCUGUGACAGCCAAGGAGAGGGCCAGGACCAGACAAGUCAGGAGCACAAGGCGCGCAAGAAGAUGAAAAGACAGACACAUGAAACGUGUGUGUGGGUGAGGAGGGAAAACGACAGAUUGAAGCCGUUAAGGAAAGAAAGAGGUGAGUGAAGGGAUGACAGGGUAGAGAAAAUGGAGCACAGUGUUGUAAUUGAGGCCAAAGUGCAAAACUGACAUGUAUGAGAUAAAAAGAAAGAGCGCCUUCAGACAAAAGGCAGCAAGAAACAGAAAACCUGUUGAAUGAAAUGUAUUAAUACAGCUUCAUAUUUAUUGUUUUAAUUUGUUAUUUGUUAGGAUUCAGAAUUUCUUUCUCUCUUUAUUUCUUUUAAAUUCUGGUGUUGAGGAAAGCAAAUUGGUAAACUAAAUUUGUUUUCCUGCUAUUUACAGAAAUUGUUUCUCUUGUACAUACUCUCCUUUGAUACAGCUCAAGUGAUUAUUUAAGAUGUGCUGCAGAGAUCCUCUGCAGCUGAUAGAGGAAGCAGUCAGCAGGAGGCACAUUCUGAGGAAAACUAAGACAUUUAAAUUCAUACCAACACCAGAAUGUAGCUCUGAUAUGUUUAGUUAUGAAUCCUGCGGUUAUAAAUCCUUCCACAUAGAUUAUCAUCUUGGGAUUUAAAGUGAAUGAAAAGAGAAAAAAAAAAGUGCAACAGCACCCUCUGGUGUUAAGAUGGUGUUACUACACGAAUGUAUACAUUUUUUUCUUCACAGAUUUUCUUUGAAAACUUCAAUUUUUCCAUUAUUUGUACAGUUUUGUUUUGUUUUAGGUCAUCUUAUUAGCAAUGCAUCGUGCAAGACCUUGCUACAGGGAAGCAUCAUCUGCAGUUCAAAGUCCCUGGCAUACAAAUGUGCACAUAGACUGAAAGUGCAGUGGAAUCUUGGACAAUGUAAAUACUCAGUCUUACUGAGGAGUAAGAAUCUGUAUUUUUUCUACAUCUAUAAUACUGCAUUUAAUUGUUUAAUUCAACAGUCUUUGAUUGACAUGGUACAUCGAAUAUAUUAAAAUGGUCAUAGUGGCUGUUUUUCUUAUUCCAUGGCUACACAAAAAGCCAGCAAGAAAGACACAAGAAAUAUAAGAUUCAAGCACUUGUCUCUUUUUGGCUGAAUUUAGCCAACCAAAAGUAAAUAUUUUGCCUGUCAAGUUGAACCUUUCCAUUGGGCUAGUGCAGUUUACAGCUGUAAUCCAAAUAUUGUUGAUGCAUUUAUUUAUGUUAGACUUAAAUGAAAUUGUUAUUUUGAAACCCUGUGAUCUAGACAUGACAGUGUGUCUCAUCACAUAACAUAAGAUACAGUGUUAUGCAGUAGACAGUCUUUUUGGGUGCUUUCACACCUUGGAUCGUUUAGACAUAUGUGAACACAGCAAUCACACUCUGAUGCAGAGGAAAACAAGCGAGCCAAGACCACCAAGAAGAGGUGGCCUCAGCUCGCUUCCAGCCAAACUUUGGAUGGGUUCAUUUGCAGUGAGAACGCAAUCAACCCAGCAACCAGAACAAACAGCUGCUUGACUCAUCAUACUAUAAGCAGUAGGCUAGUAGUAAUAGAUAAGGCAAUACAGCUAAUAGGUCAUAGCUGAUAGCAUAAAAACAGCGAUGGGCUAAUGUUACUCACCAGAACAGAGAAUCUAUGCACAAAUACACAAAAGGCAAAUUAUAUGUCUAGGAAGCUAGCUAGCUUAAUGCAUCUGGUUUAAGAUCACCAAAUGUACAACAAUAAGUUCGAAAUAUGGCUUUUUAAAAUUGUAAUGAUGGUAAUGUUAGUUAAUGUAACAUUAAAGCUGCUGUUGGUAGUUGUGAUAUAAACAUCAGUUCGGAGAGAGAUUUCGAAUGUCAACACUACCCCUCCCGUAAACCCUCCCACAAAAGAUCGUUAUGCACGUUCUAUGAGGAAGUAGUGGCUUCCCGGCUAAUCAGAGCAACGUAGUGGGGCCGCCACUCGACCAAUCAGGACAGUGAGUCGGGGAGUAGCUCUGAUUGGUCUAUGAUAACGGGAAAGAGGGGAAUAAUAACAUUGCUUGAUACAAAGGCAUUGGAAAACACAGAUUUUUACUUAAUCUCAAAUUACUUCACUUACAGAUGAGUACCAAUGGGUAUUAUGACCUUUUCUCCAAACCCAGCAGAAAAAAAAGUAACGCUUUUUACACCAUUCCUACCAACAGCAGCUUUAACUUUACAUAACGCUGAACCAAAAAUGAAUCAUAACUAUUAGUUAACCCCCAAACUGGUAACAUAGUAAGCGAUCGCUCAGUAACUUACUUUCCCUGUGAUUGAGAGAGGGUUUUUGAUCUCUACAUGGUAAAUUCAAGGGUAAGAAUCCAUCCUUAUGUAAAGUAGCGGUUAGCUUUGGUGCUCUUAAAUGUCAUGAGGGACUCCCCAGUAAGGAGAGGUACUGUGGACAAGGUAGAUAUAAAUACUGACAGGAAACAAAUUUAGCAAAUUUCUAGCAGUCCACAGUUCACUUGGAAGUAGAUAAUGAUCCAAAUCCAUACCUCUCAUUAUAUUGAAAUAGUAUUAACUUUUCGUAAGAAGUAAGAUGGGCGAUUUUUCCCUAGAGCUGGUAGAUGGCGCUAUGGUGCUAAAGAUGGUGGCCACCCAAGAAAAAAAUCCCAUGGUUGAAACCAUGAAUAGGUGUGAUAGACCCCUCAGAUUGAACCCUACCUACAGAAAAUGAAUAUCAAGCUGAUUUUGCAGAUGUGUUGAGUUACAGGUUGAGGUGACCACUUAUGAACUUUACAGUGUUACUUUGUUUUAUGAAGAGCUCCAAGUUUUUAAAUGGUCACUUUGUGUCAGAGGUCAGAUGCUGUAUUGGGAUUUAAUGGGUUGACAAACUGUUGGUAGACACACUGGGAGAUUAGGCAAUUGUGUGAAAUUCAUGUGAUACAGGGUACUCCAGCCUAUUCUUACUUCUGAAAAACUGAGUGUUGUUACUUGAAGAAAAUGCAAAUGCAUUUUAGUUGAUUGAUCAAUUUGACACUUGAAAUGUAAACCCAAAGAAAGCAAGCACUACUAAUAAUCUUCAAUCUGUCCUCACUCGGCCUGUUACACAUACAUCAAAUGAGGAUGGUAUUUCUUACAGCUCAAUGCAUCCCAAAUAUCUAAGUGCAGUACUUUGAUGUUGUAUGCUGUGCAUGCAAAACUGCAUCUGAAUUGAUGUCCUAUUUAUUUAUUGCUUUCCAAAAGGAACAUCUGGAUCUUUUCUCUAUUUUCAGUUUGUUACUUUGUUGGUCUGAUUGGUGGCUGAUGAGAAGAUUAAGUUUAAACAAAAUCAUCAAAAUCCAUCUGGUAGGGAGUUUAAACAGUUAUGACACAGCAAAAAAAAAAGGUUGGGAGUUUGUUCAUUAAUUUUUGUCAACAAUUGAAAAGCAAAUAAUUUAUGAGAGACAUAAGAGCAGGAGCAGCUUACAGUGGCAGUUUUUAGCCUGUCCUCUUGCUACAUAGAACAGACAGUAUAAAGUACUGAAUGAAUUUGUGCUAUCUGUCUGUUAAUUCCUGACUAAUGUUUCUCUUAACUUAACAUCUGUGAUUUCUUGAUGGUUGCAAUUUGUUAUACAACUUGGCGACAAUGCAGUUACUAUCAUAUCUGUCCAUCAGCAGUGAUGACACAGGAGGAGGCGGCCACACUUAUUAGAGUUUUCACAACAGCUGUUGGGUUUUUACAUUGUACAGACUAUAAUUAAAAUGUAAUCAUAAGGAAUGCAUGAUUAAAAAUAUUUCAACCUAUGUGUUGGGCACUAUCAUUAGAAUUUAAUUGCAAGAAGAAACAAAUGUUGCUUUAUUUUAGCUGCUAAUGUCUUUCUUUGAACAUGUUGGGCCAAAGAUAAAACUGCUGACAUAAGAGAUCAGAUAAAAAAGAUAGGAUGAAAAAGAUGUUAUACAAUGUAUUUAACUUCUUCACUAUUAUGUCAAUUUUAAUCCACCUUUUUGACUAAAAUCCAUCUGCUCUGUAGGUUUUGAGUAAAGCACCUGUCAGACAGGAAAUGUGUAUUUGUAAUUGUCAAGUUCAUCUUUUGAUUUAGGCCCCAAAACACACAGAUGGCCUCAGUUUAGUUGGAAGCUCUCUUGAGAUUUGUCAUAUGGAAUGCAGCCAACACAGUAGUUUACAAGUUAGAAAAAUGUUUAUGUUUCACCAUUAAAAAAAAUAUAUAUAAUAAUAUUGAAAAAUGGCUUUUGAAAGAAACUGACAAGUAUUUUUUAAAGAAUGAUGAAUUGACUUAUUGUUUCAGUUUUAACAUGUAAGUUAUUGUUUUCUUGACACCUGUGGUUGAACAAGUUAUCAUUUUAUGAUAAAUGUAGAUAGUUUGCAAAUAUCACCUUUCACCAAGAGGCGGACAAUUUUGAAAAAGGUAUCUAACAUCAUGAUUACAUCAUCACACAUUCACAAUGUCCUCAGUGAUCAAAGAGCAGCACUCUGAGCUUCAGUCCCACUCUCACAUGAUUGGUUUUUCGUACUAAACUCAAAAUUUGCAUGCGGAAGGAGCUAAUUACAUUUAACUGUUUUUUGCUUGUUGGCAAAAGGAUUGGUUUAUUUAAACUGGUUCCAUGUACGGGAAAAUGUUACAGAAUUAUUGCUUUGAUUUUGGUACUUGUUACUUUUUUGACAUAAGCAUGGACUAGCAUUUAGCUCCUUAUCUGGUUUAGUUUUAAAUGAUGUAUAGAUCAUGAUAUGGGGCCAAAAUGCAUCCAUGGACACUUUUUUUAACACAGACUUAGCCUUAAUGUGUUAUUAUUUUCUUAUUUGAAAGCAAAACUAUUUCUAACCAUAAUGGUACAAUUACACAAGAAAUCAUUGCAUUUCAACUGACAGUGACAGAAAAUUAGUUGAUGCAUUUUGAAUAUGAAUUCAAACUAAUAAACAUAAUUUCAUGUUUGUUUGAAACUUUGUGAUGGUGUGAAAACGUAUUUAUUACUGACUGGAAUCCCCAGGAUGUUUGAGUGGGUUGUAAUAAAUUGAACUUGGCUAAUA